GACGCCAACUCAGUUUCAACAUUACACCGCGAAAACCGGUCUGGAAUCUCGCCUAAUCCCGCGUGAUAUUUUACCGGAAACUUUUCUUCCUAAAACAUCUUUCUUAUAUUUUCUCAGUUUGUUAUUUUAACGCGAAUACAACUUAGUAAUAGCAAUAAUAGAGCUGGGAAGAGAAUUGAACGUUGUAAAGAAAGAACGGAAAAUUUCGCGUAAUUUGCAAAAAUAAAGCAUCCGAAGCGAAUGCUUUUCUUCUUUGCUGAUGAAUGUUCUUUGCCGCUUUGACAAAGCAGCGUUAAAAAUUGGCGCUUUAACGAGGCGCAAUUGUGAUGUUUCAAGCUAGUAGAGAAAAGUAUUCUCGAGAUUAAACGCGACAUUCGAAAUUUUUCAAGAAAAGAAACGUUUGCGUUUGGCAUUUUGUGAUUUUUCUUCUCCUUGAGAAAACGAUUUUCAAGAACAAAAACGGAUCUUCUCUCGGAAAGAAAAUACUUAGCAAAUACUUAAAAUGAAAAACAGUAACAAUUCGAAAGACAGUGGACAAAGGUUGGAGGGCUACGUGAAUCACGGCUUAAGUGAAUCUACCAACAAUGUGGAUCUCAUUCACUCCUAUCAAUCUCUUCACACUUCACAUGGAAACCACCGAGACAUACAGGGUUCCUCGGAUUUUAUCUUGAUCGAAGAAUCGGGGGAUGACGAGGUCAAGCAGAAGGAAGGUCUUUUAAAAUCGGCGUUGCAAUAUACAAGGCGGCGUGCCAGGGCCAUAUGCACGAAGAAAACCCUUUACAAGAGAUUGCCGAUCUUGAGCUGGCUACCAAGGUACAACAGUCAAGAUGCACUCGGAGAUCUGGUGGCCGGAAUUACCGUGGGUCUCACUGUUAUACCUCAAUCACUAGCGUAUUCAAGCGUCGCCGGUUUACCGCCACAAUAUGGUCUGUACGGUAGUUUUUUGGGUUGUUUCAUUUACAUAAUUUUUGGAUCCUGUAAGGACAUACCCAUGGGACCUACUGCCAUCAUUUCUUUACUGACUUAUCAAACGAUAUCUCAUUUGGACUCUCCGGUACAACAUGCGAUUCUGUUGUGCUUUAUAGUCGGAAUUGUAGAGUUAUUAAUGGGUAUAUUUGGCCUCGGGUUUCUCAUAGAUUUCGUAUCUGGACCGGUAAGUUCCGGUUUCACAUCGGCGGUGGCUUUGAUAAUCGUCACGUCACAAGUCAAAGACAUUCUUGGCAUCCCUGCAAAGGGCUCCCAAUUUAUUGAAAUGUGGCAAAGUAUCGGUGGAUUAAUACACGAUACAUCAGCCUGGGAUACUGCUCUUGGAGUAUCUUGCAUAGCAUUGCUGUUAAUUCUGAGGUUAUUAGCCGCGUGCAAAAUUGGUCCGAAGAACGAAGAACUUCAUACUACAAAACAUCGCAUCGUCAAUAAAUUUAUUUGGUUGGUCGGCACUUCGCGAAAUGCACUUUUAGUAGUAGUUUGUGGCUUAUUGGGUUGGAGCUUCCAGGACAAAUCGCCUGUCAAAUUGAUCGGUUAUAUACCGGGAGGUAUGCCCGCUGUACAAAUUCCACCGUUUGGAUUUAUUAAAGAUAGCAACACGACGCUCACGUUCAUCGACAUGAUUGGCAAUUUAGGCAGUGGUGUUCUCGUUUUACCGCUCAUCUCUCUAAUGGAGGAUAUCGCUAUUUGUAAAGCCUUUGCUAAUGGAAAAUCAGUAGACGCUACGCAGGAACUAAUAGCGAUCGGUAUGUCGAACAUUGGAAAUUCCUUUGUGCAAGCUUUCCCGGGUACAGGAUCCCUUAGCAGAAGCGCGGUAAACAACGCUUCCGGCGUCAGGACACCGCUAGGCGGUAUUUAUACUGGUUUAUUGGUAAUUUUAGCUUUGCUGUUCCUUACCCCGUACUUUAGUUUCAUUCCACGUGCAACUUUAGCGGCAAUCAUUAUAGCCGCAGUCAUCUUUAUGGUUGAAGUCAAGGUCGUGAGACCGAUGUGGAGGACAAAGAAAUCGGAUCUAAUCCCGGGGGUAGGCACGUUCAUCGCGUGUUUGGUGCUGCAAUUAGAAAUAGGAAUUCUCUGCGGUGUCGGAAUAAAUAUUCUCUUCAUCCUGUAUCAUGCCGCUAGACCGAAAAUAACCGUGGAGAAACUCAAGACUCUUCACGGCAUCGAGUACUUAAUGCUGACGCCGGAUCGUUGCUUGAUUUUCCCAUCGGUGGACUAUGUGCGCAAUUUGGUGACCAAAUACAGCCGACGUGCCGAAAGCGUCGCGACGCCUGUAGUGAUCGACUGUUCGCACAUCUACGGCGCGGAUUUUACGGCUGCUACGGUCAUCGAAAUUUUAACAAAGGACUUUGCCAUGAGGGGCCAGCCGCUCUUCUUCUACAACCUAAAACCAUCGGUCUACGCCGUCUUCGAAGGCGUCGAGCCUACGGACUUCACCGUUUAUUAUACCCAAGAAACAUUGGACGACUUACUGAAGGAGAAAGGCUACACGAAGUAAAUUAAGUAGAAGCGACAUGGAGAGCCGCAAUGGCCAGAAUUUUCAAUGCACUCACAUUUUCAGUAUUUCUCGCAAAACUAUCGACAAUAGCCGAUUAUCGAGAAUACGUGAAAAUUACAAAGAGACUUUACUCUAGAUUAUAGACUUCGAAGUGGCUGAUACGUUACUUUCGCCAUGACAGCGAAAUUAUUUGUAUUUAAUAUAAAUAUUCACAACGAUAUAUUUCAUACGUGCAAAAACUUUUGGGAAUUUCCUGUAGUCAACAAAAUAUUUUAUUUUUGUCUUACACACUCGGAGAUUCACGUAACUUGAUAUCUAAUGAUACAGAAAGCAUCGAUAUUAAAAAAAAUGUGCACAUAGAAAAUAUCGUCGAUCUAUAUCUCAAUUUACGUUUAAAUGAAAAAAAAAAAAAAACGUAACUCGACGUGUGUACUUUAAUAAAGAGACGCGAAGCAGAGUUUAGAUUCGCACGCACAGAGUGGAAUUAAUAAUCGAAGAAAGGCAGAAAAAUAUACCGUAUGUCUCGAAUAUAUCUAUAUUUCGAUAUGAUACUGAUGUUAUGUACUUCGAAAAGAGAGAUACUAUUAGAGUAUUUUGAAAAUAUUCUACACGACAGAUAUGAUAUAAAAUAAGAAAGAAAUCGUGCGAAAAAUUAAAAAGCACAGGACGUUCUAUACAAAACGUCUUCAGACAUCGUUCUAAUAUCUCAUAGAUUUUUUUGUCAUCUAAGAAUAUUUAUUUAAUUUUUCGAUAAAGUAAAAAUAUAUAUUUAAUUGUAAGUAAUAUUCUCACAUCGAUAUUUAGCGUAUUCUCAGCGUAUUUAAAGAUCUUUAUUUAAAAUCAUGAUGCAUGAAAGAGAGAUGCAUGAUAUAUAUUAUUGCAUUGUACAUUUUUACACAUUUACUACUUCAUGCAGAAUAACGUAUUCUUUCCGUAUUCUGGAAAUACAUGUAUAUAUGUAUAAUAAGUUCAAACAAUACUGUGAUAAUUUUAUAAAUGAUGUCCAGCGUCCAAUCAACGAAAGAUAUAUGCGUCUUCCGGUGGAAUCAUAGCUUCCUCCGUGAUAAAAAUAACAGAUUUUUUGUAAAUUUUUAAUAUGUUCUUAUGGGAUUAUUAUGAUUCCGAAGCGUGUUUGAUGUUAAACUUCAUUAUAAUUUAAUCGACUAAUAAGAAUUAAUUUAUAUAAUACGUAAUUAAUUUAAGAUAUUAUGCAAUCAUACAAAACAUGUAUGUUCAUCUUUUCUAUUAUAUUUCUGUAUUAUUUAAAGAUUAA